AUGAUACGAUGCGAGGAGAUGAAACGAGGCGGGGAGAUGAAACGAGGUGAGGAGAUGAAACGAGGCGGGGAGAUGAAACGAGGCGUGGGAAACAAGGUCACGGCAUACGUCACGGCGUUCAUCUUGGGUCUUCUCACCCAUCGAGCCAUCAUCACACCGCCGACUGCCUUCCUCACUCGCCGCUUCUGCAACCCCUUCGCCCACGCCAACACCUCUUGGACUGUUGACUCACAUGCUUAUGACUUGAUUUUGGCCACUGUGUUCCAGAAGCCACGGCUGCUGCUCACCAGUAUGGCGUUGCAGCUGAAGGCGACGCAAGGAGGGGCGCGCACGGACCUGCCAUGGCAGGUGGUCAACAAAGGCGCCGUGUGGAUGGACCUGUAUCGCAAGACGUGGAACAUGUUCUGCAGCGACCUGUGGAGCACUGCUGCUGUGGCGCCCUUCUGGCUGGCGGGCAUCGAUUCUUACGGCAUCCCCAGCCUGCACUACAUUCCAGAGUUCGCUGACCGUCUACAUGAGUUGUUUCCCGAUGGCCGUGCCUUCACCCAUGCGGCUCGCCUGCUGAUGCACCCCGACAACGAGCUGUGGGCGCAGAUCACCACUGCCUUCCAUGCCAACCUGGCGCACUUCUCACACCGCCUCGGCCUGCAGGCUCUUCUCGAGUCCAGCAGUAAGGCGCCGUCACACGUGCCGCACACAACGAUGGGCGUGUUCGUGUCGUCCCUAACAAUGAAACACAUGCUGGAGCUGCAGGCACACUACACGCACCACAUGCCCAUCGGCAACACCCUCGUUGCCUUCUGGUCGCUGACGAGUGAGGAGGUGGAGAACCGGAAGGAGCAGCACCUUGUUGCCACUGUCAUUGAAAUCUGGCUCCUCAGCUUCUGCGACCGCCUGCUCAUCACCCACCUCUCGUCAUUCGGCCGCGUGGCAGCAGGGCUGGCGGGCAUAGAGGCCUACUCCAUGGCCAUCACAGUGGUCAACAUGCGCCAUGUGGACUGGCGCACCUCGCCUGGGCCUGUGUGCGAGCUCGUGCCGUGUGAACCGUGCGACACCGGCGGCGGCAACGUGAAAUGGGUGAGUGGAUCAAUGGGUGGGUGCUGCGCCUUUCAUUCUCAUGGGUGUGUGCUGGCAUGGGUGUGUGUUGCCAUGGGUGUGUGUUGCCAUGGGUGUGUGUUGUGA